GGCCUCUGCCUUUCCAGCUUCCCCUUUCCCGGUCUUCCCGCUGAGACCGCUGGGGCGCCACGAGAAAAAGUGAAAACCGGCGGCCGGCGGCGGCGGGCCAGAACUUUUGGAUGCCCUCCUGUGUUGGAAGGCUCUCCAGCUGCUCUGAUGAUGGCUUGAGAAGACGGCAUGCUGCUUGCUGUCCGUGCCAGGUCAGGCCCACUCAGCAACCCAGCUCUCAGUCCUGCAUGAAGACCGAGGCCCGGCAGGAACAGCAGGGCCGGAAAUCGGCACCCAGAUGGUUCCUCUGCGUGAAGUUGUCUCGGACGACGGACUGAGGCGAGAACGCCUGGUGGUCAGGCUGGCCUGGUGUCCGUCACCCCGGGCCAGGGCAGCAUGGUGCGAAUUCGGAGGCGGAAGCUGCUGGCAUCUUGCCUGUGUGUUGCAGCUACCGGCUUCCUGCUGGUCACCCUCCAGGUAGUGGUAGAGCUGGGGAGAUUUGAAAGGAGCACGUUUGGAAAUUCUGAUUGGCAAAAUGGGCAUACAGAAGCAGAGGAAGAACGCAGCCAUCUUCAUCCACACCUUCAAAACGAAGCACCCACCUUAACUUGGACCAAUUCAGUGGAGGUUGAUGGCUACCCGGUGAUGCUCUGGUGGUCCCCGCUGACUGGGGAGACGGGCCGGCUGGGCCAGUGUGGGGCCGACACUUGUUUCUUCACCAUCAACCGGACCUACCUGCAUCACCCCAUGACCAGAGCACUCCUCUUCUACGGUACUGACUUUAACAUCGAUAGCCUCCCUCUGCCUCGGAAAGCCCACCACGACUGGGCCCUUUUCCAUGAGGAGUCGCCGAAAAACAACUACAAACUCUUUCACGAGCCGGUCAUCACCUUGUUCAACUACACCGCUACGUUCAGCAGGCACUCGCACCUGCCGCUCACCACCCAGUACCUGGAGGGCCUAGGAGCCCUGAUGUCCCUUCAUUAUCACGUCCCUCUGCAGUCCAAAAACGACCUUAGGAAAAGACUUGCCCCACUGGCCUACGUGCAGUCAGACUGUGACCCGCCAUCGGACAGGGACAGCUUCGUCCGCGAGCUCAUGACCUACAUCGAGGUGGAUUCCUACGGAGAGUGUUUGCGUAACAGACAUCUCCCUCCGCACUUGGAAAACCCAGCCUCGAUGGACACUGAGGGCUUUUACAGGAUCAUGGCCCAGUACAAGUUUAUCCUUGCCUUUGAGAAUGCGGUCUGCGACGACUACAUCACAGAGAAGCUCUGGAGACCCCUGAAACUGGGCGUCGUCCCCGUGUAUUACGGCUCCCCCAGCAUCGCAGACUGGCUCCCCAGUAACAGGAGUGCCAUCCUUGUGUCCCAGUUUGCUCACCCCAGAGAGCUGGCAAGUUACAUCAGACGGCUGGACUCUGAUGACCAGCUGUAUACGGCCUACCUGGAGUGGAAGCUCAAGGGGGAGAUCUCCAACCAGCGGCUCCUGACAGCCCUCCGGGAACGCAAGUGGGGUGUGCAGGACAUCAGCCAGGACAGUUACAUCGAUUCCUUUGAGUGUAUGGUGUGCAACAAGGUGUGGGAGAACCUGAGGCUUCUGGAAAAGGGCUUACCACGCAAAACCUGGAAGGCAGAAGUCAGCCACCUGAGCUGCCCGGAGCCUACUAUGUUUGCUUUCUCGCCCGUGAGCCGGCAGGCUCCGCGGUGGCACUCUUUGCGAGAGAUGUGGAUACCAAGCUUCCAGCAGUCGAAGAAAGAAGCCCAGGCACUACGGUGGCUGACGGAUAGGAAUCAGAACUUUUCAACUCAAGAGUUUUGGGCCUUAGUGUUCAAGGACUAAUUUCAGAAAGGAUGACGAUGACACACACGAAAGCCUUCUUGGGGCUUCUCUUCUAGGUUGCCUUACUAGUUGAGUGUAGCAGCUAUUGCAUUGACUGUCGUUUAGGAAAAGAAUUAAUUGCUGCUGUACUCAUAAUGAGCUCAGUCAGGUCAUAGAUUUGCACGACUGUUAGAGGUUGUCACUAUAUUUUUUAUACCAAGAAGGUAAAUGCUUCUGUGGACACGGAUCCUCUUCAGUGUACUUGUGUGGACCUACAUGCUGACUACCUUUGUAGCAACUCAUUGAGGUAGGUGAGUGGAGGCACAAAUCUGUGGAUUUUUGGUACUUGACCAUCCAUAGCUUAUUGGUAUUUGGCCAGUCUAGUGUCCUGAUGCUCAGUGUGAGCAUGAAACACAUUGGUUCUUCGCAAUGAUACCAGCCAUCUGUUGGCUUCCUGGCAUGUAAAUUAAUGAUAAAAACUGUGUCAAGUUCACUUUCAAGUCAAAACAGCAUAUGUGUGUCUCCCUUCUGCCUCAUAAUCUCAGUCACCUCUCCACCCUUUUUAAAUUAUUGACUUGCCUGUGGCCUUCCCACAUUUCUCCUCCAAAGUGAAAUGUGUUGCAAAGGUGUGACUCUUCCUGUGUGUUUUGCUCAGUUGCAGCCAAUUGUUCCUUAUACUGCUGAGCAGAAUAAUAAGACUUGUAGGAUCCAGGCUCGACACCCUGCGUGAUUUCAACAUCGCUGACAGUACAAGUGAAUGCCUCCAGCCACUCCAGUUGUGUUUGGAGCUGAUGUAUCUUCUGUUGGGAUGAUGUCUAGUCAGUCGUACCCGGAAGCCACAGACCUUCAGUUUGUGAACACUGCCUGUCCUUUGUGAUCUUGUCACAGAGAAGAUUCAGCCAUCUUGUCUGGAAUAUCUCCUGGAGUCCUGUAAAAAACAAGAAGUAAUAAGGUUGGAUAGCCUCUCUUCCCAUGCAAGGGUAGGGAGGCUUCUGGAUUAUGCCAGCAGCUGCUGCCACCUGAAGGGUUAUGGCUUCUGAAUUCUUUGUUGGUACCGUGGUCCAGAAAGAGUCUCUAAUAAUCACUGAUGUGGUAUAAAUUCUGCUAAAGACCAUAUUUUAAGUUGUAUGCUAAGUGAAGUGUAAUUUUUUUGGAACCUUCCAAGGAAAGCUCAAGAAAUUAUUUAUGCCACUGGCAAGAUACUAUUAUAGUUUUGAUUCUUCACCGUAAAUGCCUGAAAUAGAUGCCCAGUGCUUUUAUGCUGCCUAUAUGUCCCAAACCUCCAAGUGCCAUGUGAUCUUGUUCUGAGUUCUUGAGUGCACAGAUGAAAUUCUGCCUUGGCUUUUCUCAAGAAUGUGUUCCUGACCUCAAACCAGUGGUGGUUUAAUGCAGUCUGAAGAUUGUGUGUGUGUUUGUGUGGUGGGGGGUGGGGUAGGGAGGAGGAUGGAGAAGGGAGUAUUCCAUGGGAUGGAAAAUUGAGUGGAUUUCAAAGAAAAUAAAUGAUUUUUGAACUCUGA